AGCUUCAGUCUCUCUGUGCGCUUCACCGGAGGAUCCUGACGCUCCUUGUGUUUGUGUAGGAGACUGAGAUUCAUCCUCACCAUCACCAUCAUGGUCGAGCAGUUUGUCGGGACCUGGACUCUGACUUCCAGCGAGAACUUUGAUGACUAUAUGAAGGCACUCGGUGUGGGCUUCGCCACCCGCCAAAUGGGCAACAUGGCGAAGCCUAACCUGGUGAUCAGCGUGGACGAUGCUGGAGUUGUUUCAAUGAAGUCUGAGACGACUUUCAAGACCACUGAGAUCAAGUUCAAGCUGAGCGAGGAGUUCGAGGAGACGACUGCAGACGGCCGAAAAACCAAGACUAUCAUCACUUUUGACAAUGGCAAACUCGUGCAAGAGCAGAGCUGGGAUGGAAAGAAGACGACACUAGAAAGAGAGAUUCUAGAUGGAAAACUAACAGCUAAAUGCAUCAUGGAUGAUGUGGUUGCAGUGAGGACCUAUGAGAAAGCUUAAUUAAACCUCAUGUUCAGUAUGGACCUUUGUUCCACUACAGGAUGCCAAAUGCACUGAUGUCAAACAUGCCAAUAAAGUCUGAACUGUGACACUUCAA